CGAUAUCCCCAGCGACUGCGUUCCCCUCAUCGUUUCACUGCUUUUCUUUCACCAAACGAUUCCUGAAACACGUUUGUUGGAGUACGAGCCUUGAACACCGGGUCUCCUGAGCCCUUUCGAAGACUGCCCAACGACAACCCCAUCUCCGCACACACCUAUACACCACAACCAAGAUGCGGCCUUCCGUCGGCUUCGUGGGCCUGCUGCUCGUAGUCGCACCCACCGUACUCGCUCAGAUCGAGAACGCACCCGACCUCAACACCGUUGCGCCAGGAGGCGACGCAGCGACGAACACAGCAGCCGAGACCUCCGCCGCCGAGACAUCACAAGCAGCGACAACGAAGGCUGACGAGACUGCAACCACAUCACAAGCCGCCACAACGGAAACCACCGAGGCGGCAACCACUGCAGAUGCGCCCACCAGCGCGGCCGCCCAGACAGGGUCUACAAGUGUCUUCAACCUCGUAGGCGCGCCAACACUGGCUGGUGUCGGUAUACCAGACAUCAAGGUCCCCGACACAGCCGGUGCUGCCUUCAUGCAAAAGUCCGAUCUCCCCGACGGAACCGUCUUCAUAUGCGUCGGUGCCAUCCUGGCUUUCUUCGGUGCGGCGGUGCUGGCGUGGCGCGGUCUCGUUGCGUGGUCGUUGCAUCGUUCCGUCAAGCGGGCGGCCAUGGCGCAAAACCUGGCUGAUAUCAAGGCCAUGUCAGCAGUGCCUGGCAAGAAGCGGGGGAUGUACAAUGUAGUAGGAGCAAGUUCGACCAUGUCCCUGGAUCACCUGAACGCUGCCCCCAUUGGCAAGUCAUCAAAGGCUUUCAAGGGUGCGGCUGCCAACACAACACAGCAAUCGCAAUCGUCUCUCUUCUUCUCCCCAACCGCAGGUGGCGCCGCCGGUAUGCGAGAUUCCGUCCACGUAGCAGGCAACCGAUCCUCCACCUACCUGCCUGCGGGAUACUACGCCUCUGGCAACGCAGCGCCCGCUGCUGGAUCACCACAAAUGCACAUUGGCGGCCAGAACCCCAACAAUCUCUCUGCCCUCUCCCUCUCCACACCAGGAAACCGUUUCAGCGCGAGGUCCGGCAUGUCACCACCAGAGUCGCCAUCACUCCCUCCAUCCCGAGGAGGCUACUCCCGCGCCCCACCAUCACGAGACGGCCUAUCCAACUACAACCGCAACAGCGUGGCAACCCUUGGCCAUCAACCCGGCACCACAAGAAGCCCCGUCUACGGCCAAGACAACAACACCGUCAGCCAAUUAUCACUCAACGUGCCAGGUGGCACAACUGUCCCUGGUGGCCGCACUCCCAGCGGAUACCUAGACGACCUCUUCGAAAACCACGGCAACGGAUCCAGAGAACGAUUCUAGUUGGAUCUCGAACAGCAGCCCGCAAAGCAGCGUGCCGCGAGCGCGUCGUGUUGUAGUCUGAAAAGCAGUCCGUCGGUCGUGUAUCGGUUCGCGUAUGCGCAGGGCGUGGUGGCUCGCGCUCGAGCUGUGUCUACGAACACUCUAUCCAUAAUAGAAGAUUACUACCGGGUGUGAGUUGUGCGAGACUAGAAAGGAAGAACGAGUUAUCGAGGUUGUCGAAAGUCAGAGAGAGGAAGAAGCCAGAAAAGAGCGGUGUCUUGUUGAAUAUCCUUUGCUCAUGCAUGCAUU